CACUCCUUAAUCUCCUCUAAUCCAAUACAAAUCAAUACCAAACACCUACAAAUUCAAACACUUUCCCUUCUCCCUUCCUUUCAUCCAAAAAUGGCAUCAUCAUCACUUACCUCUGUCGCUUCCCCUUUCCUUCAAACUGAAUUUCGAUCAAAAAGAACUGCAAAAUUCCACACUCGCUGCUCCAUAUCCAAAUGCCCUUUCACUCCACUUUCAGUUGCUCCAUUAAAAGCAUCUGUAUCCAACACAAACACUUGUCCAAUAACAACAAACUCGGUGUCCGACACAGAUACAACUCCAAUAACAACACCAGUAUCAUCUGACACAGAUACUGACACGACACAGACACCAGUUCAACAAGAACCAUUACCCCAAUUAGAAACAACAAAAAACCUCCCACUCCGAAGAAUUCCCGGAGAUUACGGCCUCCCUUUUGUAGGUCCCAUCAAAGACCGUCUAGACUAUUUCUACAACGAAGGUCGUGACAAAUUCUUCCGCACCCGAAUCCACAAAUACAAAUCAACCGUUUUUCGCGCCAAUAUGCCACCUGGCCCUUUCAUUUCAUCCAACCCAAACGUCAUCGUUUUACUCGACGGAAAAUCCUUCCCUAUUCUCUUCGACAACUCCAAAAUAGAAAAACGAGACCUCUUCACCGGAACUUUCAUGCCAUCCCUAGAACUCACCGGCGGUUACCGAAUCCUCUCUUACCUCGACCCCUCCGAACCAAAACACGAUCAACUCAAACGAUUUCUCUUCUUUCUCCUCAAAUUCCGAAGCUCCCAUUUCAUUCCUGAGUUUCGUUCGUCUUACACAAAACUCUUCGACACUCUAGAGAAAGAUCUUGAGAAAUCCGGAAAAGCGGUUUUCGCUGAUGUUAACGAUCAAGAAGCUUUUAACUACCUUUCAAAAGCAUUUUUCGGAGUUAAUCCUUCCGAAACAAGUCUCAAAACCGAUGGUCCAAGCAUAGUAACGAAAUGGACUCUUCUUCAACUCGGUCCAAUUCUUACCUUAGGCCUUCCGAAGUGUAUUGAAGAACCACUUCUUCACACGGUUCGUCUUCCACCGGCUUUGGUGAAGAAAGAUUACCAGAGACUUUAUGAUUUUUUCUACGAAGCAUCUUCCGGAUCAAUCUUAGCUGAAGCGGUUAGACUCGGAGUUUCUAAAGAAGAAGCGGUUCAUAAUCUUAUAUUCGCAACUUGUUUUAAUACAUUUGGUGGAAUGAAGAUUUUGUUUCCGAAUAUGUUGAAGUGGAUUGGACGAGCGGGGGUUAAUCUUCAUGCUAAGUUAGCGAGAGAGAUUAGAUCGGUUGUUAAAUCGAACGGCGGUAAAGUGACGAUGGCGGGCCUGGAGCAAAUGCCGUUGGUGAAAUCUGUGGUUUAUGAGUCCUUUAGAAUUGAGCCACCGGUGUCGUUGCAAUACGGAAAAGCUAAGCAUGAUUUAGUGAUUGAGAAUCAUGAGAAUGCGUUUGAAGUGAAGGAAGGUGAAAUGCUGUUUGGUUUUCAACCGUUUGCGACGAAGGAUAGUAAGAUAUUUGAUAGAGCAGAGGAGUUUGUUGCGGAUAGGUUUAUUGGUGAAGAGGGAGAGAAGCUGUUGAAGCAUGUGCUAUGGUCGAAUGGUCCUGAAACGGAACAACCGACGGUUGGGAAUAAGCAGUGUGCUGGGAAGGAUUUUGUGGUGUUGUUUUCUAGGCUUUUGGUGGUGGAGUUGUUUCUGAGAUAUGAUACUUUUGGGAUUAAUGUUGAAAAGGCCCCGAUAGGAUCUGCUAUUACCUUUAGCUCUCUUAAGAGAGCAACCUAUUAGUUUUACUUUGUUGUUAUCAUAUAUUUCUUUUCAUGCAUGAUGGAUGUUAUUUUGUCA